AGAGAGGGAGAGACAGAGAGAGAGAGUUUGUAAAGUUGAUGGAAGAACCAUGCAACAGACGGCAAAGUUUAUCUUCUGUCUGCUUUUACGAUCAAAGACCCUGAAGAGGUUCCUGCUGUUUCUAUCCAUGGUGACGUUUCUCGGUAUCCUCGUUGCUUACAAAGACACGAUAACCAGCGGAGUCCCGGCGUACGCCGAGUCUGCAGACUACAGCAGUUCUGAAAAUGAGUCACCGGAGGACUAUGAUAUUUCUGAAAUAACUGACAUCGGUAACGCAGAGGUAACGGCCAAAUCUUUGACCACGAAACCUUUUGAAGUGAACAGAAGGCCUUCAAAUUUUAAAAUUGGACCGUUAAAUUUGACCAAAAGGUCAACGGCUAUGACCAGCAAACCUCACAAAGUAUCCACCAAGCCUCCAGUUGUGACCACAAAGCCCCUGAAAGCCACCAAAAAGUUAGUGACCACCAGGCCUCACUUAGUAACCACAAAACCUUCACCGGUGAAGGCCUUCAAAGAAGCUUCAAGGUUCUCAAACGCAACCGCCAAGCCUUUCAACAUGACCGCCAAGCCUUUGACCAGGUUGAACUCUCUCUCUACUUCAAUGCCUUACAUGGGUGACGUAUACGCCACGGACUACACAUACCUCAAUUCCACGUGUCCAAAUCGCACACGGGACAAGCUGAAGAACUCGGACUUCAAGGAUAUUUACAUGGACACCAUUCCGGUUUUACAAUGGAAGAAGCAUGCGACAGAAUCAGAGUAUCGAAGACUCCAGAGAUACAACGGGGCCUUCGGCUGGAUGGGAGUCACUUGGCACAUUGUGAAUCAGACUUUAAACCUACUGAACGCCUCAAACAGCGGCUACUUGUUUAAUGAGAAGAAGAAGGAUGGCACCUGCGUGCGUUGUGCCGUGGUAGGCAAUGGUGGGAUCCUGAAUGGAUCUGGAAUGGGAGAAGAGAUUGACGCACACGACUAUGUGUUCAGGGUUAAUGGAGCCAUUACAAAGGGUUUUGAGAAGGAUGUUGGAAACCGAACUUCAUUCUUCUUCUUUUCAACAAACACAAUGAUGAAUUCAUUAAAUAGCUACGGGGGACACGGGUUCAAGAAAGCCCCACGUUCUGAGGAAACUCGUUACCUCCUUUUACCAGACCACGAUAGAGACUAUCUUCUGGUGUGGGCUGCGCUCACAAACAGCGUCAUCGACAGAGGAAGAGACAAGUCCAAAAAUCCAAGAAACUAUUUUGGUGAGAACCUUACAAUGGAACACUUUAAUAUCCUGCACCCUGACUUUAUGCGCUACUUGAGAAACAGGUUUCUUUGGGCUCCAAUUUUAAACACAAAAAGUCGUGAUAUCUAUCGUCCUUCCACGGGAGCUGCAAUGCUGCUGGCUGCUGUGCACACCUGUGACCAGGUCAAUGCUUACGGAUUCAUGACACCAAACUACGGAAACUUCUCGGACCAUUACUUUGAUACCAAACACAAAAAGGUUGUGUUCUACUCGAACCACAGCUUCCGGAAGGAGAUGGAACUCUGGCAGAAACUGCACAAAGCCGGGGUGAUUAAGCUGUACAUGAGGGACUGAGGCACUAAGGCACCGGCGCUGGUGAAAAUCGCAGGUCAUCAGCCUGAAACUCCUAUGAACUCGGGGGCUUGGGGUACAAAAAGUGCCUCUGCAAACAUACCCCAUACCUCAAGUCUUUUGCCACAAGGUUUUAUUUAAAAGAAACAAAAAAAGAACUGGCCAAAGGAUGUUUUAAACCACCAAUAAAAGCAGAGAUUGCUCUGCGGUGGUGAAGUUGCGCAUGCUGAUGAGACAGAACUCAGUAUUGCAAUUACGGUAUAAAAACCCACCAGUGGAGGCGCUAUGGAGUUGCGCACUCAGGAGGAAUUUAGCUCACCAAUAAUACAUUUAAAACCCACCAAUCUAAGCAGGGAUUGGUCUGCUAGGGUAGCGUUGCGCAUGCUUAAAGUUUAUAUUAGUCUAUAUCAAUCACUGUCGUAAUAUUAUGCCAAAAAGCUGGUCUUUUUCUGGGGUAAUCGGCACGGGUAAAUUGUACACAUUGUAAGUAUUUUUUAUUUUAUUUAUAAUAUAUACAGCACUUUGCACAAAUGGAAAGAGGGCUAUUAUUGCUAAUUGAUGUGAUUUUAAUUAACGUGGCAAUUGGGGACAAUCAGUAGCCACGACAUUGGAUGUGCACCAUUUCAUAUUAAAGGUGCUGUCCCACCCACACCACUGAAUUUUAUGCUUUUUCAGCAUUUAGAAAGAUCAUCUCUAGUCCUGCUGAAUGGAAUCCUGGAAAAUAUGGGCUCAUUCAUGUAUUUUUUCAAGGAAUACUUAAAUGUCAUGUGACACAAAAACCUCAAACCAUAAUCAGUUCUUGGUCUCGCCUCGAUUCAGUAGAGGCAUGGUUGGUGCCAUACAAACCGAAUACGCGUCUGUAAAUAUUUGUGUGUUGUUUUUAUCCUAGAAAAAUAAUAAAAUGAUAGAUCUGCUGAGGUUCAUUUACUGAACACACUAGAGCGCAAUGAAUGAUUUGUCUAAGUGGAACAGCACCUUUAAAGCUCUUUUAAACCAUCACUCCAGAGAGCGUUCCAGAGGGACUCUAAGGUCCUUGACUGUUGUUAUGAUUUAUUCUACAAAAUAACAGCAAAAAAGGGAAAUUUCACUUCUUCCAACACACCUCCUGCCCAUAAAUCUACCCUUUUUGCCCCAGAGGGGCAAGCAACAGACAAAUCCAUGGCACCGCGGCAUGCGCUCACUCCAAAAGGUCAGGCUUCUAAUAUGCUUUAAGGUCUGAUAUUAGGAGGAAACCUGAAUAUUCUGUCACAUUGUAUCUGGUUGAAACUCUGUAACAUUUGUUGCGCUCUAAAAUAUCUAUUUCCAAAUACUUUUUCAACCCUGGGGCUUAAUGUGAAUACUUUUAUUUAUUUGCAAUAAAAAUGUUUAUAAAUUUGCACAA